GGUACACCGCACACCCACCUACGCACCUGCAGUUUUCCAGUGCCGCAGGCACGGACUGCGCCCCUGUCGCCGGACGUUGCACGGCGGGGCGUCGCGAGGGGACUGGCUGGAUACGCCCGCUACGACGCGCCCAGAGGAGGUGGUGGCGGGCGAGUCGAGGGGGUGGUGAUGAUACACACGUUGGAGCGGAUGGCUCGCAGCUUGUCACCGGACAAUCAGUGCGAUCAUGCUCUGCCGGUGGAGCAGCCCUCGCACGUCGCGCUUGGGGGCCCUGGACACGAGCGGGCAGCUGCUUCGGGGCGAUAGGCGGGCGCUGUGGGAUGGCUGCAGCGGGUGCAUGAGGCCGGACGCGUGAGAGGGACGAGGAGGGGGAGGACGUGCGCGGAGGAGGGGUGCGCGGUGAGUGGGCCGGAGACAGGAGCCGUAGGGGGACCCCGUGGCACCGCGUGUGGAAGAGGGAUGCCGACCGAGUCGAGGGAGGAUGGAGCCGUUGCGGCGCGUCGCGAUGUCUUCAUCUGAGAAGGACCCCCAUUUUUGUGCCCCCGCCUACGGUCCAGCGCAGGAGCCACGGCCGCACGCUUGCCGAGCCUCUUCAUAAACUCCCUGAUAGCGCUCGAACGCUAUAUCCACCCUCCGUUCCGUCCUCUUCUGCCGUCCAGUCUCCGCCGUCCCCGGAUCCUUCGCGCUGCAUAUACACGUCUGCUCGUCGUCCGCUCGCGUCCUUAGUCUCUGCUCGACCUACCGUCACUACACACGUCUGCCCGCUUCGGAAGCCACAUCCGACCUGUAAAACUCACCAUCAUGCUCGCCACACCAUCGACGAUGCCCCCCGUGGCCACCCCGAGCCAUCACGUCGAGGACGCGGAUGCGGACCCGUUCGUGCUGUACGCGCGCUCCCUGCACGACUACACGCUCCGUCUUUGGACGGAGUCGAGGAGAAUCGCGGAGGAAAAGUCCCGUAUCCGAGCUGCCGCCGGCGGCCCCGCCACCAAAGCCAAGGCCGAUCUCGAUGGCGAGGACAAGCCGACGACGGUGCCGCCGGUUAAGGCCUGACGGCGUUUCGUACGCGCUGGUCGAGGAUAGAUGGUGGAUGUUGAGGGGGGGUCGGGAUGCGAGCCUGCUGCCGACAUGGCCGACCUGCUGCCGAGCCAGCGCCGUUCGCGGCGGUCUCCCCUCUUCGAUGAUUUCUUAUUCGCGUUCCCGUUCCCGUUGUCUCGCUUUCUGCUGACGCUCUCUAUGUGCCUGUAUAGUAUUUUUGCAUGAUCAGUAUCGAUAUUUGCCAUCCACCUACUACUCCCUCACCACCCUAUACUUCCGUAGUACUCGUGCACCCUCGGGACGCACCAGGCGUUAUGCUUUCCACUGGGCUUUGGUGGUGUUGUCAGUACGUCCUGUAUAUCUCGAAUCAAUCGUAUUU